AAGCUGAGUGUGCUGGACGUGUGCUGCCACAGGCGCAAGGUCCUAGCCCGCGAGCAGCACCUGGCUCGACUUGUGCAGCAGCAGCAGCAGCAGCAGCGGCGGGGGGGUCCGAACAUGGCAGCAGGCAACGGGGAGGAGAGGGGCGGCGGCAGCGGCAGUGGGGACGGCUGGGAGGAGGGCGAUGACAGCUGGUGGGCUGAGCUGGCGGACGGCUGGACGGAGGGGAGCACCGCCGCCGCCACCGCUUCCCAGCAGCAGCAGCAGCAGCAGCAGCAAGGACAUGGGCAGCAGCAGCGAUACGGGGGUGUUGUUGGUGGUAGUAGUGGUGGUGAUGGUGCCCCCUUCGCCAUUCACAGCCGAACGAGCCGAAUGAGAAAUCAACCCAGCCGCCAACAACCGGUUGCGGUGACCCAUGGGUCAUCGCCCACUCGCCACGUAACGGCUGAUGAGCCGCUGCCGUUGUACGGCAGGAGCUCCUUCACGCAGCCUGGUGGCGGCAGUACGGCGCCUGCUGCUGGACUGCAACGGGAUGGCAGCGGCCGCGGCAGUGAUGACAGCAACGACAGCAGUGACGGCGGUGGCGGUGGCGGUGGUGGUGCCACUGCUGCUGCUGCGCGGAUGUUGUCCGUGGUGAGCGUUACGGACACGGAGGCCUACUUCAGUGCGGGGGAGCAGGAGGAGGAGCCGCCGCUGCCGCCGCCGGCACCGCCGCCGCCGCCGCCGCCGGGCAUGCUGACGCCACCCACUGGCCCCCUUGUUGAGGGCAGCGAUGGGAGUCACUCACCAACGACUGCUGACCUACCAAAGCCGCAUGGACCUCCUCCUCCUUUGCCACCUCCUCCUCUUCUCAGCGCCCCCGCAGCCUCCACUUGCCUUCCCGCCACCGACGCUCAAGCCCCCCACGCUCACCACGCCUGUCCCCAAGCUGCCCAACCCCGCCC